AUGGAUCCCAAAGCACAACCGCCGUAUGGUGCUCAUAAAGACGACGCGUUUAUUAAUAUUCUGAAGCUCCAGACAAAGGCAUGGGAUCAAUGGGAUGACUGCUUCACGUUGACGGACGUCAAGCUGCCCGCGAUCCCAUACCUCGGUUUCACAUCGGUUACGGGCGAGGUCCAUGACAACCACGAUAUCAUCUCUGUCACGACCAACACCCUCACGAAGACCGACUAUUCCAUCAAAAAAAACAACAACACCCCUCCUCCUCAAAAGAAGACUGGCGUGAUGUGGUAUCUCAAGUUCCUGGCUGCCUGCGCCGUCUUCGGGGCGUUGGUCAUGGCUUUCAAGUUGUCAAAGGGAAACAACAACAUGAAGCGCUUCUAG